AUGCACAACUUCCGUGAUGCCCUGUUGAGCCCAUCGCCAAAAGACUUCCUUGAACCUGACGAGAGAUACGACGCCUUGAAAGACCAGGAGACUAUACGGGAGUCUAUCACUCAGGGAAACCUUGAGGAGCUGCGGGCCGUGGCCUUCUUUAAUCGAACCUGGAUCAUCAGCUCCCGAUACUGCAGUGUUGGAGAUGGUGUGGAUUUCCUUGAAGGCUACCUUCAUUCCCUGUGGUAUAUUUACUACCAGCUCAGCUGGAAUACAUCAUGUGAAACGUCCGACCAUGAUCGUAUAGUCCUUGAUAUCCUCCGCAUCCAGGGAAUGGGGCCGGGUGCAGCGGAAUAG